CCGAUGCUAAUCAUGAAUGAACGUGUGUGUGACUACUCGGUCCACUCCCUCCGUUGUAUUUCAAAGGAUCCAUUUUUAAAGAGCUGAGGAACAAUACACUUUAGCUCGAUCGGUUUGCCUGAAGCAUCCUGUUACUUUUGUGUUGCCAAACCGAAAUGUCGGAAGCACAGUGCAUUUCCCAGCAUGUCAAAUUUAGCGAAAUAAGUGCAAUGUUGGAAAAGGUUAAGGAAGCCGCAAAGGUACCCAGCAAACGGGACCAAGUGCUACGGCGCUACUUUGCUUCCUUUAGCCAGUUCCAGCGAGAGUACCGACAAAAGUAUGGUGAUACAGGGCGUUCCACAAUCUUUCCAAUCCUGCGUCUGCUACUGCCAACAGCUGACCGCGAGCGGGACUCGUACGGGCUGCGGAUCAAAUCGCUACGAGAUAUGUACAUCAAAAUACUAGGCAUCAGUGAAACUAGCGUCGAAGCUCGUAAACUAUCGGGUUUUGAUGAGUCUGGUUCUAGCAGCGCAGGUGGCGGAGAUUUCGCCGAUCGAAUUUACACCUUGAUGCGUGGCAGGUGCCCGCAGGAGUGUCGGCUAACUGUCUGGGACGUCAACCUGCGGCUGGAUGCUAUCGGGCAACACUACCACAACGGCGGCCAGCGCGGAAAAAUUCAGAACGAACUAAUUCGAAUGGUCGAAGGGUUGACUCAGUUGGAUCAGAAGUGGUUGAUUCGGAUUAUCUUGAAGAAUCUGCGGCUGGGUAUGGGCCAACAGAAGCUGCUGGCAUUAUAUCACCCGAAAGCAGGAUUAAUGUUCGAUCGGUUUAGCAAUUUGUCCAAGGUGUGUGAGGUGGUGGAAACCGGCGAGGGUUUGGAAGAAUUCCAAGUACGUAGGGGCGGAAUGGAUGUGCAGCUGUUUCAUCCGGUGAAACCGAUGCUUUGUCAAAGAGUUAAUUUAAAAGUAGUGAAUGGUAUGCUGCAAAAGGAGGAAUUUUGGCUGGAAACCAAAAUGGAUGGAGAACGGUUUCAGCUUCACAAGGAUGGGCAAAUUUUUAAGUACUUUUCUCGAAAUAGCAUCGAAUACAGUCACGUGUUCGGAGAAACUCGAAACCAUACGGGGUCCUCUUUGACACCCUAUCUAGCCAGCCUGCUAUCUACAACGGUUCAAAGUAUUAUUUUGGAUGGAGAGAUGAUGGUAUUCGACAAGAGCGAGUUAACGUACCAUGAUAAAUGUGAGAAUACCGAUGUUAAGAGCAUCAGGGGUGACAACCCUAGUAUGCGACCAUGUUUCUGCGUUUACGACAUAUUAUUUUUGAAUGGAAAAAGCUUAUUAACCAUACCGUAUGCUGAAAGAAUUCGUCUCCUAGGGACAGUAGUUGAAGAAAAGCCAGGCGUAUUGACAUCUUGUAAACGAACCAAAGUGGAAAAUAGUGAGCAUCUAGUUGAUCUACUGAAUCGAGCUAUCGAUGCACGUCAAGAGGGAGUCGUAAUAAAGAAACAAGAUUCCGCCUACAGUCCAAACGAACGAAAUGCUGGUUGGUACAAAAUAAAGCCGGAUUAUAUCGACAAUUUAGUUUCUGACUUUGAUUUGUUGAUCAUCGGUGGAUUCUACAACUACAGGAAAACGGCCAUCAAUACUUGGCUUGUCGGUAUCCUAGAUAGUCGUCCGUCUAAAGAAGAAGACACAUCGGUGUUUCUUGCCGUCACCAAGGUGGCAAUGGGACUGUCUAACGAGCAGUGGAAGCUAUUGAACACAUCGUUACGACCUCAUUGGCGAGAGGUGUUAUCACAGAAAGAAGGACGUAGUACAGUUUAUGAAGAACCUCCUGGACUUCGUUGGGGCCAAACUCCGCCCGACGUGUGGAUACCCCCGAAACAUUCGAUUGUUCUUCAGCUGAAAGGAUCCGAGUUAGUCCGAAGUGACUCUUAUGGUACGGCGUAUACCAUUCGCUUUCCCCGUGUAAUGACUAUCCGCAGCGAUAAAGGUUAUUUAGAUGUUUGUACCAAAGAAGAGUUUGACCAGCUAUGUGGAUCGAGUACUACAGUAGCCAAGUUGGCUAAGCGAUAUGUAACCGCGUCAGAUUUGGUAUCGGAUACUGGUUCCGCAGGAUCAACUCCUAAGCGUAAACGACCGUCAACUGUUCAGUCUCGUCGUUCAGGUAAAUUACCAUUUGUCGUAGCUUCGAACCCUACCGAACUGGACGACCAGCCAAUCGAUAGUAUUUGUUCUGGGUUAGACUUCUGUGUUCUCUCCUCUGCCAAAGGCUUUCCCCCGAUUUCGGAGUUGGAAUCGAUGGUUCGUCGCCAUGGAGGUAGAGUAGUAAAAAAUCCGGGACCUAAAACUUACGCAGUGAUCGCAGGCGAUCGAACCUUCCGUGUAGAACGAAUUAUCGAUAAUGGACAACAUAAUGUCGUCACCGUGGGUUGGUUACUUCGAGCAUUGGCUGGAGUCGAAUCAAGACAGGAGCUAAUAGAGUUCAAACCAAAUGAUAUGCUGGCAAUUACUCCCAAAUUGCGAGAGCAAAUGGCCGAUCGGUUUGACCGUUACGGAGACUCAUUGACGGAACCGAUUUGCGGUUUAGAUGAGAUGCGAGAGAUAUUGAAGCAGAUGAACCUGAACGGAUUACAGUUAUCGAUGAUGGAGCUGCGACAAGGGCAGGAAGAGAUCAUUGGUAAAGCGUCGGGCUUUCGGAUAUUUCGGGGCAUUGUUGCACGUUUGUAUGAUGCAAAUUUGAGCGAAGAUACCGUUCGGUACAAAAGCAAGUUUCGUAUGUUGAAAUUUGUUAGAGCCGGUGGACUAUGGGUAUCCGAGAAAGCUGAUAAUUGUGUUACUAAUAUAUUUGUGAUAAAAAAUACAGAAUUGGAUAAGAACCACUUGAAGCAGUGGAUUGACAGUUUUCCCAAACAAAGUAUUGAGCCAGAAGUUCUGCAGCUUGAUUGGAUCGAAAGUUGUUUCAGCAAGAACCGUUUAUGUGACGAGCAAUUGUACAGAGUGUUUUGAUUUUAGAAAAGAACAAAUUUUUAAUAUAUUUUUGAUAAUAAAAUUUUAUCUUGUUUUGUUGACGAUAGCUUUAA